UUCGGAGACAUGGAGCGUUUGCAUGCUCAGUGAAGUUGUUGGAUCAGAGAAUGUCUAGAAGGCAGCUUGUGGCCAGCAGUCGCUAAGCUUACAAUCAAUCCUUUCGUGGUUGUGGAAAUCGCGGGGUGCAAGGCACUUUACUAAGCCCUCGUUUGCAACAUGUACAUGCUCUAGACACGCGCACACAAAUUCGCAAUUCUGCACGGCGAAGAGCAAACUGCUUCUCAAAACACGAAAGGCUGACGAAGAUUCGGAGAUUCUGAACAUGGUGGAGCAAAUGGCGCCGUCGUACUCAGAGAAGGAGAAUCAGAAUUCCUUCCAGGGAUCUGAUACGCACCAGGCAAUGGUGAAAACGGCUUACGAGUCGAUUUCCAGCAGCUACAUUAUGCAGCUCGGUUGUGUCAUCGUGCUUCUGGUGCUCUGCGUCUGCUUCUACAGGUUGAAGCAGAAUGCUCGUCUGGGGCCGAGAUAUUGGCCCUUUCUGGGCAGCGUCUGCGACAUCUCGGCGCAUUACUGUCAUCUACACGAUUGGCUCUUGGGGUUCUUCCUCUCCUCCAAAACCAUUCACGUCCGCAUGCCCUGGGGCCGCGUUUACUACUGCACCGUGGAUCCAGUCAAUGUCCAGUACUUGCUCCAAACGAACUCCGUCAACUUCCGCAAGGGCAAAGGCUUCUUCAAGCGCAUGGAAGUAUUGUUGGGCCAGAAAGAGCUUCAUGAGUCAUGGGUUAUGAGGAAUUGGGUGGCCUCGGAGUUCUGCAAACCUUCAGUCUGCGACCUCACUGCUGCUGUAAUGAAGAAGAAAACUUGUACCAUCGCUCGGCUGCUGGCUGAAGUAGCUGGAGAAGGCACCACCGUGGACAUCCAAGAUCUGAUUCAAAGGGCGACAUUGGAUGCGAUCGGAAAAGUGGCGUUUGGAGUAGACUUUGCCUCUCUGCCAUCUGCUCUUCCAAAGCCAUGGCCACACAUCGCGUUCGCUUCGUCUUUGGACUUGGCCACCACCAUCGCCGUCAAGCGCUUCAGUGAUCCUUUCUGGGAGCUCAAGCGGUACAUGAACAUAGGUCCCGAGCGGAUGCUACCGGAGCAAAUGCAGGUAGUGGAUGGGUUUACCUUUAGCCUGAUUGCUGACAGAAAAGCCGAGCUCAAGCAUCUCCAUGGGCAAGUCUACGAUCUGGCUCAAGCUUACCUGGCUCACGCCGAAGGAACCCCGUAUGCGAAUGAUCUCGUUUCCAAAUUUCUCAACCUCACGAUGAGAGACGACCAAGCAGACAACCACCAGACGGACGAGUUACUGCGGCACAUCGUCAUCAACUUCGUGAUCGCCAGUCGGGAUGCUAUUGGGGUGACACUCACGUGGCUUGUCUACGAGCUGAGUAUGCACUCGGAUGCGUCUCACAGACUGUACUUAGAGCUCCGAGACUAUGAGAGCCGGAGACAAUUCGAAUGUGAAUGUUCGGUGGAGCAGUAUUGGGAUGUCGAGCUGCAAGACGAAGACUACGUUCGCAUGAUGGACACACGAAUUCGUGAAUUUGCUGCCCUGAUCACCUCCGAGUCUCUGGACGAGCUGCCUUUCUUGCAUGCUUGCCUUCAGGAGACUCUUCGGCUUCAUCCAGCGGUGCCUCUUGACCCCAGGGAUAUAGAAGAAGACGACACACUUCCAGCAGGAGAAGUCUUCGUAAGCAGCAAGAAAGGGAACGUAGUCUUCAUUGCACCAUAUUCUAUGGCUCGAAUGACGUCUAUCUGGGGUCCGGAUGCUGUACAGUUCAAUCCAGAUCGUUGGCUGCAGAGUGGCAAACUGGAGCCAGCAUCUGACAGCAAGUUCGUGACGUUUCAGGCUGGUCUUUACACUGGCGCUGUGAAAGAUUUGACUUACCAGAGUUGCAAGGUAACAGCAGCUAUUCUGGUUCGGUUUUUCGAAUUUAUCCGCGCGUGUCCCGUCAAUCGUCCUCCCGAAUAUCGUAUGACGUCCACCUUGGUGAUGGAGAGCGGUCUUCAAAUGUAUCCUCGUUUGAAGGACAAACUGGGAGCUACUAUUUAGUAUAUUUAGUAGCGAUAUUAGUUGUGAGGAUAUUCAUUCCAGUUUAGAUGGAUUUGAACGACCAAAUGGGAGGUACAAUGCCACAAUGAAGAAUGUAUGGGAUCUUUUGUGUUUUAUGGUGGGGUGAGCUUAACGAAAAUCACUAUUCCGUAUUGGUUGGUCAUCAAUCUUGGUUCGCACUUUCACUAUCUCCAGCAUACUUCCGUCCGGAAGUUCACAUAUUGCACACUUCGUGUGUAUCCACUCUGAUCUCUG